UCCAGGACCAGGAACCAGGAAGGAUUCUGUCAAAUUUCCAAUAUUUUUUUUUCUUAGUGUUUUACAGUAAAUAAUUGCAGAAAGACGAUUAGGUUCGUCACUAUGCCUCGUUGUUCAUAGAUAUCUCAAUCCAACCCUGUUUUCCUCUUAUUCUCCACCACUCAAUCCUUAACAUUACAUUUUUUUUGGUUUAUGUGUUUACACUUCCUUCAAAACUCAAAAAAGGGAGUCUCUAAACUGUUAAACAAUAAAAAAUUUAAUUGCACAUAAAUAUAUAUUGUGCAGGUCAGCAUAGCAACUCUCCCCGUCUCUUGCAUUCUGUAUUUUCAACACAAAAUGAAGCUUGUUUUGAUACUUCUUUUGCUGUUACAUAUACCAAUUCUUUUUGUUUCUCCAUUAAACUCAGAUGGGUUGGCUUUAUUAUCUCUAAUGAAGCAGUGGACAUCUGUGCCUCCUUUCAUAACCAAUAGUUGGAAUUUUUCUGAUUCCACUCCUUGUUCCUGGGUAGGAAUUGAAUGUAACAGUAAAACCCACAAUGUAAUUUCUUUAAGUCUUUCUGGGUAUCUUAUUUCUGGUCAAUUGGGACCUGAAAUUGCAAAUUUGACCCAUUUGCAAACCCUUGAUUUGAGCAAUAAUAGUUUCUCUGGUGUGAUUCCAUCACAGGUAAGUAAUUGCUCUCUGCUAGAAAGUUUAGAUCUUUCCCAAAAUUUCUUUACUAAAGAAAUACCUUACAGCUUGCAAAACCUGCGGAAUUUGAAGACGUUGGGUCUUUAUAAAAAUUCACUUAGUGGAGAAAUUCCUGAAUGGAUUUUUCGAAUUCCAGGUAUAGAGACAUUAUACUUGGAUUCAAACAGUUUUAGUGGCUCAAUUCCGAGUAAUGUUGGGAAUUUGAGUGAGAUUUCUGAAUUAUGGCUAAGUACAAAUCAAUUAGUAGGCAAUAUUCCUGAUUCAAUAGCGAAUUGUAGCCAAUUGAAAGAACUUCUUUUGGGUGAGAAUAAAUUGGUUGGGCUUUUGCCUCAGAGAUUAAAUAUUCUUGAUAAUCUUGAAUAUUUACUUGUUAACGAUAAUGGUCUUGUGGGUGAUGUUAAUUUUGGUUUGGGCAAUUGCAAGAAUUUAAAAGGUCUAGAUUUUUCAUACAAUGGCUUUAGUGGAGGUCUUCCACCUGAUCUGGGCAACUGCAGUAGCUUAGAACAGUUGAUCAUUGCGGGUAACAAAUUAACGGGCAAUAUCCCUUCUUCUUAUGGCUUGUUGGGUAACCUUUCAAUGCUUUACCUUUUUGAAAAUAGUUUGUCUGGAAAAAUUCCACCUGAACUUGGAAAGUGCAAGUCCUUGAAAGAAUUGAAGUUAUACAGAAACCAACUUGAGGGGGAAAUUCCAAGUGAAUUGGGAAUGUUGAGUGAACUGACGAAUCUUGAAUUGUUUGAGAACCAAUUUACUGGUGAGAUUCCAAUUAGUAUCUGGAAAAUUCAAAGCCUGGAACAUGUUCUUUUGUAUAAGAACAAUCUUUCAGGUGAAUUACCCUUGGAGUUGACACAACUCAAACAUCUAAGUGGACUCUUGUUGUAUAAUAAUCGAUUCUUUGGAGUCGUACCUCAGAGUUUAGGAGUUAACAGUAGCUUAGAAGUAGUGGAUUUAAUGUAUAACCAUUUUACUGGCACAAUUCCACCAAAUCUUUGCUUUAGGAAGCAUUUAAGAGUUUUGAAUUUAGGUUAUAACAACUUUCAGGGUAGCAUGCCGGUUGAUGUGGGAAGUUGCCCAACUCUCUGGAGACUGCGGCUUGACAAUAAUAACCUCUCAGGGGUUAUUCCAGAAUUUCCUGAAAAUCUGAACCUUGCAUUCAUGAAUAUCAGUGGCAACAGCAUAACUGGAAAAAUUCCAUCAAGCUUGGGGAACUGCACCAAUCUCACUUCCAUUGACUUGUCCAUGAAUAAGCUUACCAGUUUUUUACCUCCAGAGCUUGGUAACCUUGUAAAUCUUACAGAAAUAAUUCUGGCACAUAAUGAUUUACAAGGUUGUUUGCCUUCUCAGUUAUCAACCUGGAAGAAAUUAGACAAGUUUGAUGUUGGUUUCAACUCAUUGAACUGUUCAAUUCCAUCAAGUUUGGGGAAUUGGACUACUUUAUCCACUUUAAUUUUUGAAGAAAAUCGGUUUACUGGGGGCAUUCCUCCAUUUCUUAAAGAACUUACAAGUCUUAAUCUUUUAAGAUUGGGUGGAAACAUGUUGGCAGGUGAGAUUCCUUCUUGGAUUGGAGAACUGAAGAAUCUGCAAUACGAUUUGAAUCUUAGAAAUAAUGGAUUUAUUGGUAGUAUUCCUUUGGCGAUGAGGGGUUUGACCAAGCUACAGAGUCUUGAUAUCUCUAGCAACAACCUAACAGGAAGUUUGGAUGCUCUUAGUAGUAUGCAGUCUUUAAUGGAAGUUAAUGUUUCUCAUAAUCUCUUCGCUGGUCCAAUACCAGAAAGCCUGAUGAAAUUAGUGAGUGCCUCAUUUUUGGGAAAUCCUGGCCUUUGUGUCAAUUGUGCUAUAUCAAGUGGAUUGAAUUGCUAUGGAAAUGGAAAUUUCAGAGUCUGUGACAGUAUUUCCAAAAAUGGGAAAAUCCUUAGUAAAACAGAAACUGUGACGAUUGUCCUUGGAUCAUCAUUAUGUGUCCUGCUUGUGGGAUUAGCGUUUAUGUUUCUACUUUGCAGACGAAGAAAGCGGCAGGAACUGUGCAAAUCUAUGCAAGAGGAUGAUGAUGAUGACCCUCUACUGAACCAAAUAAUGCAGGCUACUGAUAAUCUAAAUGAAAGCUAUAUUGUUGGAAAAGGAGCUCAUGGAGCUGUUUUCAAAGCAGAAUUAGGUCCAUCCAAUGUUUUUGCAGUGAAGAAGCUUGAAUUUACAGAACGCAAAGAUGGAAGUCGAAGCAUGGUUAGAGAAAUUCAAAUCAUUCAGAAAAUCAGGCAUCGAAACCUGAUCAAAGUUGAAAACUUCUGGUUUAGAAAGGACUAUGGAUUAAUCUUGUACAAGUACAUGGAAAAUGGGAGUCUUUAUGACAUUUUACAUGCAACAAAUCCGACACGAAAACUGGAAUGGAGUGAUCGAUAUAAAAUAGCCAUUGGAACUGCCCAUGGAUUAGCUUAUCUUCACUAUGAUUGUGAUCCACCCAUAUUACACAGAGACAUCAAACCACAGAAUAUACUAUUAGAUUCUGACAUGGAACCUCAUAUCUCCGAUUUCAGUAUUGCCAAGAUUCUUGAUCAGUCAACACCAUCUACUUCAAUUGCUGGUACAGUUGGAUAUAUUGCACCAGAGAAUGCAUUUAUGACAGCAAUGAGCAAGGAAUCUGAUGUAUAUGGUUAUGGUAUUGUUUUGCUUGAAUUAAUAACAAGAAAGAAGCCAUUGGCUUCAUCAUUUGUGGAGGAAAUGGACAUUGUUGGAUGGGUUAGAUCGGUCUGGAGUGAGACUCAAGAAAUGACUGUCAUUAUUGAUUCAAGUCUAAUCGAGGAAGCCGUCGAUUCAAAUAUUACAGAACAAAUUAUUGGAGUGCUUUUACUUGCAUUGAGAUGUACUGAGAAGAAGCCGAGUAACCGACCGACAAUGAGAGAUGUUGUAAAGCAAUUGUUGAAUGUUAAUAACCAGUAUAGAAGCAGAUGACACAUGGUUUAGCUUUCAAAGCUUUGUAGAUAUGACAGUCAAUAGUUCUGAGUCUACUUUUUUUUCCCCUAUUUUCUGGCAUAGGAUAAUUUAAUGUAAUGUUUCAAAGAGAGCCAUGUAAUUCUGCUAUGCAGUUUUAAAUGUGUAGAAACCAUACAGGGUCUUUGGUGAAAAAUUUAAGUUCCUCAAUGUUAGUUUCUAUUCAACACUAAAA